AGUACUGACAACAGAUACCUCACAUAUUGUAAUGGCAUUUUCGGAUGAGCAGGAACUGAUCGAUCAGAUACGUCAUGAUCUUCGUAUGGAGGAUGACAGUGGUGUCUGUAUAAAAGUUGUUAUCCCUGAGCGACGGAGAGCAAGAUAUGGAGGUCUUCCGCUCAACUUUCGUUCGGCCACCAGUUCGGAUGAUGAAGAGGAGCCAUGUAAUAGUGGCUACUUUGGAUAUGAGAUACCUGAAAAAGGAGAUCCUGUGCAUACGAAAGAAAUCAUUGAAAACCGAUUGAGAUCACGUACAGUUGGUAGCGCAGAUAUUGGUGGAUUUCAACUAGUGCAAAAAAGCGGCGAUUCUGGCGAGUUGUUCGUAACGAAGAAAUUGAAAGCUGUCAGAAGUCCUGUGCGAAGUCGAUCGUUAAUUUCUAAGUAUAUUACCGAAAAUGGUCCAGCUCUAAACAAUCCUCUUCUGGAAUAUGCUAGAUUUGAAGCUGUCGGUGAUCAGCAGUCAAAGACUGUUCUGGUGCUUUAUCCGGACGAAAGCAGGUCACAUGGUAACAUUCCGAGUAUACAGAUAUCUGUUCAACCUCUUGCCAGAGUAGGGCAAGUGAUUGGUUACUGCCUUUACCGUUAUCUCACAGAUUUCGGUGACGUGCUGAGUGACAAUGUUGAUAAUUUUCAACUUAUGAUGGCAGAUGAGAGUGGAGAAAUAGAGCUCGACUUACCUCCACUUGACAAAGGCAGAGCUAUAGGCGAACUUGGCUUUCCAGUAUUAGCAUUAGUUUCGAAGAAGCGAAUUAGGAACGGUGAACUGGAGUUGAAGCACAAAGUUAUUGUUUAUACUCCAGAUUCGCAACAGUACAUAUUUGAAUUAGAAAAUCUUGACCAUACACUGCUAUGGUUACGAGAUGAGACAGUAAAAAGAAAGAGAGCAGAUAUCGACGAACGGGAACUUGAAUUGAUGCCAGAAAUAGAUUACGAUCUGGAAGACAUAAACGUUUUCGGCAAGCCUCUGAAUUUACGACAGUCCAUUGCGAAUAGCGGUUGCACGGAGUUUGUUUUAGUCAGGAAAUUCAGUUCACGCGGUGAUUUUCAUCCACGUGGAAUACAUAGGCAAAAGAGUGCACUUCUAACACCAGUCUCUCGCUCGUCAGAUAAGAAUUCCGUAUUUGAUUUUGAUAUCUCGAGAGUGAACUCUCUCGAUACCACAUGCUCUGGUGCAACGUCUCCCGUACUCUUUGCCGACGAUGACGAUACUAUCAUGACUUUCCCAGUGACUCGUCUACAUCGAAUGAGAAGAAAUUGGCCAGCCACAAUGUCAAUACGAUGCGACUCUUUUGACGUUGUUCCCUUCGUCCAUCGCAAAUCUUUUCUACCACAUAGUCAUCACAAAACCAUAACUGUUCCGUGGGACUACCUCUGUGAAGUCAAAUUGGCUGCGCGUGAUCCAGCGAACACAUCUAUCCUCUCUAUAACAUUUCUACCGUCGAUCUCAAAGGUUGCGAAUCCUCCGGAAGAGGAAAUCACUUUGCGCCAAAUAGUCCAAUACUACAACGAUCGUGACUGGAAAACCAUACAUCUUGAAUUUGAGAGUCAUGAGCAAGCCGCUCAAGCGAGAAGUCAUAUGGACGACGCAAUUAGGACUUUGAAUGCUCCUGCAUAUCAAGCAUAUCAGCGAUCGUUCAAUGGCAGCCGAGGUCCUGCAGCAUCAGCAGAAUCACUGCUCAUGGAGAUGGCAGAUGAGCUGCUUCCGUCUUCGUCCUCCAGUCGCUCUAUCAAAACAUCGGCCAUUAGAAAGCUGAGAAAGUUACGCAAAACUUUUGACAUGAGAGAUUAGCUAGUUGUAAAUUGUCAGCCGUAGUCAACUCUAGUCCUACAGAGAUUUGUUGAAUGUCAGUUUCUUACUUAUGUUAUUACGAGUACACUUUAUCUUGUACUUUAUUUUCAUGCUGAUAACCCCAUCGGAGUAGGUAAGAUUAUUCCAGUUAAUCGGCUUGCAACAUGGUUAUUGUAAUUUGUUGACUUAGAAUGUUGAUAUUCUGUAUUUCCAUUUACAUUUCCACUUUCCAUUUUUAUCACUCAGGGCCACAUGUGUAAACUUAGGUAUAGUUAUUCUUGGCAGUUUCUAGAAAUCGAUAUGUUUUCCUUCGCAAUCAAGCAAAAAAUGAAAUUUUUACAAAUGUGAUACGAGGAUGGAGACUGUGAUUUCGCUCAUUUGCCACUGUGAU